AUGAAUACUGAGACCAGAGAUUUUAGCCCCCAAUUCGGACCAACUCAUGUUGUCAAUCCACUGACAACUCAUACCCACACCGCCAUAGUUUUACACGGCCGAGGCAGCAAUGGCCAAGAGUUUGCUGAAGAGUUCUUUUCGUCUCACCUAUCUGACAACAAGUCCCUAGCCCAACGGCUACCUGGAUGGCGCUGGGUAUUUCCUUCGUCUCCAGAGCUUUGGAGCACUACAUUUCAGGAGUUGAUGCCGGCUUGGUUUGAAGCCCACUCACUAACUGAUAUUACCGCCCGUCAAGAUCUCCAAACUAGCGGCAUUAGAGCAUCUGUCAAGCACAUUCAAAAAGUGAUAGACGAUGAAAUUACGAAGCUCACUGGCAAUGCUGGCAAUGUACUCCUUGGCGGUAUUAGCCAAGGUGCCGCGAUUGGGAUGUGGUGUCUGCUCUGUUCGAGAUCUGAGCAUCCCAUCGGAGCAUUCUUCGGUUCGAAUACCUGGUUGCCAUUUGCUGCAAACAUAGAACGGAUGAUUGGUCUACGCAACAAAAACCGUGGCGAUGCCAUAGAGUCAGUAGCAGCGGAACAAGAGUUUGAUCGUUUUGUUAGUGGGUUGCUGGCAGACGACCUCCCGGCCGCAAAGGUUUUCCUUGGCCAUGGGGCUGAUGACGCCUAUGUUGAUGUUACACUUGGACGACAAGCCAGAAAUGUGCUUUCAAAAGCUGGCUUCGAAGUAGACUGGAAGGAAUACUCUGGCGCCGAAGAAGAGGGACAUUGGUUCAAAGCCCCCGAGCAGAUGGAUGACAUCUACCGAUUCAUCGUCGACAACAUGCCAGGUUGA